ACUAACUCGAUAGACGAUACACAUAUUGGCGUGUUUUGCGAUAAGAACUCUAUCGUUUCCAAAGCAAUCAACCUUCAGAGGAAACGUGCAAACACAUUAACGAUCGCAGAAGAGAUUUUCUGCUAGAUACAUCGCAUUCAAAGAGUGUGAACGUGGUGAAAGAUUUGUCAACGUUUGAAAAGCGUGGCUGUUUUACCCCGCGUACACUGUGAAGUGUUUUAUCAAAGUAUCAGCAAACUGAUCGACAGGGAAAGGAGAAGUCUGAGCGUCGAUUUCGAAUCAGAGAUGGAAGAAACGACGAGACUAACCGAUCCCGAGACAGAUCGUCGCCGAGAUAACCAAAAGAACGAGAUGAAACGAAAGAUUGGUCCCAUCAGGGGGGCGGGUCCCUCGAAGCAAGAGUUCGGGGACGACGAAUCCAGCACCGACAGCGGUUGCAGCAGUGGCGGAAGUUCCGGAAGCGCGGAGAGACUGUCGCGUCGCGGAAGUAGCGAGCGAUUAUGCCGUGCCACAAGAUCCCCGCGAACGCACUGUUAUCUGAACCGACUUCGUGGUCGUUCGACUCGAUCGCAAGACCGGAUAUCCGGCAUUCAAAGAAGUUCCGAACGAGUUCGAGCCAAGUCGUCUCGUUCGUGGAGCCCUGGAGAUGUGAGAGCCGUCGCGAGAACAUCCGAAUCGCUCUCUUACUCUCCCAGCCCUUCGGACGCUCAAAGCAGCACCGACAGCGAUUCAUCGAAACGAUCGUCCACCGCGGACACCCUUCGCAAAGCCUUCCAAACGCUCAAAUUAUCCUCGAAAUGGGAGGGCAAGGAGCACAAGCACGCGAAGAAGAGCCCUAAAAGAAUUCUACGCAGUCCGGUAUCUUACACCUACGUCAGAGGACUGUCGGGACUGCCGACCCAGAGGGUGCCAAGGAACGUCGCCCAACAACUGACGAUGCCGUGUUCCUGUCAAGACUCCGUCGCUCUCUACCGAUAAGAAGUCCACCCGAUCAACCGGUUCCGAUCGAUUCUAUUAUUCGAUUCCAUCCCUAUCCACUUCGUGUUUCGUUGCGCGUUUCACUUGAACCGUCGAUCGCGCAAACAAAACCCUCCGCUCUUGGACCAUUUUUACCAGCGAUAUUUUCGAACCAGCCCUUCGAACGAUCCACUUGAUCGCUAACACUCUCGCGUCACACCGCGCGUACCUUCGUGUACGAACACGCGGCCGUUUCUUCGGCGCCGACUUUUUUAAGCCUCGACCAAACGAGUGGAUCAAAAUUGUAUACGAGACGAGUCGUAGAACAAAGAAAAUCGUUACUUCCAAUACGUAGCGAACGUUUUACGAGACGCGUCUUCUCGUCUUCCUCGGUAUUCCUGAGGAACGAUGAUAUAGAAUACGACGCGAUCCUUCCACGCACCCUCUCGAGUCAAAGGAAAGAUGAGACAAUUCGGGUGCGUCGAUGUACCGCGUUUUUAAGUUUUUCGUCUGUUAUUCGUAAACGAGAUAGAUUACUUAGAAAGAACGUAGCUAUGCAAACUUGUAUGUACUUUUUGUAGGAACGGUUAGUACACCGGAUAACAUGUACACUAGACUUUAUUACUAGUUGAACGAUUCGCUGAUCCAUGUUGAUCGCGAGUAAAAAAAGAAAAAAAUCUUAAUGGAAGAAAGAGGAGAGAGAGAGAGAGAGAGGAGUUAAAUACGUAAUACCGAUACGACCAGUCGACUUACACGAAUUCUAUCGAACUAUCGUUUCGCGAGAAGGUAAUAUUACUCGCGAUACACGAGUCAAUUACAUAUGUGAAUGCGUCGAGAUCGCGCCGAAUAAUAUAUGAUGAGCAUCGAGUAUGUAAUGCGGAAUGAAGAAAACAAAAAAAAUGAUAUAUAGAAUUAUAGAAGUAAACGCUCGCGAUCUCGCGCGAUCUUUUUCGCUGACCGUUACCGCUUUAAGGUACGGUCGUGCACGUUUCGAAUAGAUCCUAGAAACACUUGUUCGUUAAGGGUACUUUUUAAACAUAUCAAGGUGUUUUUUUCGUUCGACGCAACCUGUCGAUCGAGACAAGCAAAACGACGAAUGUCGCUUGUUUCGUUAGAGUGGUCCAGUCGGUAGUCAAAAUACAUUUUCGGCGAUGAAAAUUAAACGACUCGUUUCGAAUUCUCUGAUAAGUAAACGAUGGAAAAAUCAGGGUAAAUCGAUCGAUUGCGACGAAACGAGUCGACGAUGAAAAUUUCUCUCUUAAAUACUAUCGAAAAUUCUCGUUUACGUAAAGGCGAACGUAAUCGUGAAA